AUGACCAACAGUCAUUUCCAUGAACAAAACCUUCUGAUGACCGUUAUUCACCUGUUUGCUGCCGGCACUGAUACCACUGCGACGACUCUCAGAUGGGCUCUUCUGUUUAUGGCAAAAUAUCCACAAAUCCAAGACCAGGUCCAGGAGGAGCUCAGCAGGGUGAUAGGAAGUCGCCAGGUGCAGGUUGAAGACAGGAAGGACCUGCCAUUUGUUAACGCCGUCAUCCACGAGACACAGAGACUGGCCAACAUCUUACCCAUGGCACUGCCUCACAGGACGAGCAGAGAUGUCCACUUCCAGGGUUACGUCAUUAAAGAGGGGACAACUGUGUUUCCUCUGCUGACGUCUGUCCUGCACGAUGAGAGCGAGUGGGCGAGACCUCACGCUUUUCUUCCCGCCCACUUCCUGGACAAAGACGGACAGUUUGUCAAGCGAGACGCCUUCAUGGCUUUUUCUGCAGGUCGCAGGGCUUGUCUCGGAGAACGUCUGGCCAGGAUGGAGCUCUUCCUCUUCUUCUCCACACUCCUGCAACACUUCCGCUUCACUCCCGCGCCUGGACUCACCGAAGAUGAAAUGGAUCUGAGCCCUUGUGUGGGCUUAACCCUGUGCCCUCCAGCUCAUAAGCUUUGUGCUGUCCCCUGUAUGUGAGGGAUAUCGUUAGGUAUCAUCUGCAUAGAAGUGAUUAAAAAGAAAACUGUA